UAUUCUGGCCGGUGUCCUUCUUUACCACUGUUUCUUCUUCUCCCUCUCUCUCAUAUAUCUCCAUCUCCAUUGUUACAACUGUCCUUCACCAAACACAAAACAUCCCAUUUCUCUCUCUUCUUUCUCUCACAGCAUCCCAUGGCAAAUGCCCUUUUUCUUCAUCAGUGUAAUACUGUUCCUAAGAAGCUCUAAAUAACCCAGAUUAUUCUUCAUUUUAAUUAGAAUCAGAAGAGGGUAUUGAUUAUUUUUUGUGGGUAUUUUGUUUUUAUAAUCAUUCCAAUAAAACCCAGAUUCUUCUGUUACUGACUAUUGUUUGUGGGUAUUUUUUUGAAGUUUUUAUGAUGUUCUAAAAAACCCAGAUUAUUAAUUCUUCGUUUUAAUCAACAUCAGAAAUUCAAAAUUUAGAAGCAAUCUAAAUAAUAAUUCAGCUGCUGGGUAUUGAUUAUUUUUUGUGGGUUUUUUGUUUUUAUAAAUAUUGACCAACAAUAAAAAUGUUUGAUCUUAACAUUGGUGUAGUGAACAACUCAUCACCUGAGAAUAAUAUUAAAGAGAGAGAGAAAGACUAUAUGAUUGUUGAGGAAGGUUCAGCAACUAACACUGAGCUAUCAGGAACUUCAUCAGCUUCUUCUUUAGUCAACGCCGCCGAUGAGUCACCGAUCUCCUGCACCGGCGAGUUUGACUUCUUUUCAAAACCUCCAAACGAUGACGUUUCAAGGAUUGUAACUCGGCAGCUGUUUCCGAUGAAUGAGGACAUAGAUGAUAACAUCCACAUGAAUGGAGGUGAUGCGAACAAAGAAAUGGAGUUAAUUAGGAUCGGAUCUUCGUCUUCUACGAAUACGACCCGAGUAUCAAGUAGUAGUACUUCUAAUCAGUGGUUGAACUUAGCAGUUUUAGGGUCGAGUUCAGGGUCGGGUCCGGGUCCGGGUUUGGGUACGGAUCAGCAGAAUAAUGUAAAGCAGCAGGUGAAAAGAAGCAGGAGAGGGCCCAGGUCAAGGAGUUCUCAAUAUAGGGGUGUCACGUUUUAUCGGAGGACUAGUAGAUGGGAAUCCCAUAUUUGGGAUUGUGGGAAACAAGUGUAUUUAGGUGGAUUUGAUACUGCUCAUGCAGCUGCUAGAGCAUAUGAUAGAGCAGCAAUUAAAUUCCGUGGUGUUGAUGCUGAUAUUAAUUUUUCUAUUGCUGAUUAUGAAGAAGAUAUGAAGCAGAUGAAAAACUUAUCCAAGGAAGAAUUUGUACAUAUUCUUAGACGUCAAAGCAACGGCUUUUCUCGAGGGACUUCUAGGUAUCGAGGCGUAACGCUACACAAAUGUGGCCGGUGGGAGGCUAGAAUGGGCCAAUUUCUUGGCAAGAAGGCUUAUGAUAAGGCUGCCAUUCAAUUUAAUGGGAGAGAUGCAGUCACCAAUUUUGAGCCUAGUUCUUAUGAAGGCCAGAUACCUUUUAUGCACCCUAACAAUGAGGGUGAUGGGCAAAAUAUGGACCUGAAUCUUGGAAUUUCGAUCACUAUAGACGGUCCUAAAGGAAACUAUGAUAAGGGUGCAGGAGAAUCUCAAACUCAUUCUCAUCCACCACUUCACCAUGCCAGUGGGAAAUGGCCUUUGAAUGGGGGCUCUGCUUACUUUUCUCCGGGUGCACCUCCUCUCCACGGUCAUCCAUUGGCAUCCAGACAAUCUACGUCUACGUUUUCUGGUUUACUACCAGGUCGGUCUACCAUUUAUGAGCAGGAAAGAGUUGGAGAUGAAAAGCUACAAGCACUUGCUCCCUCAGCAAGCUUACCAAAUUGGGCAUGGUACAUGCCCAACCAAGGUCAAGGUGGAAGUGGAGGUGGAGUAGGUGGUACUGCAACCCAAGUCCAACCGUUGUCAACUGCAGCAUCAUCAGGAUUCUCAUCGUUUUCUACCGCCACCGCUUCUUCCACCAGCUAUCCUUUUACCAACCUAACCAACGACAACUUCCACAAUAAGUGUCGCGGUACAUGACACCCUUACAAUGCAGCCUUCGAAAGUUAGUUUUUCGUUGCCUCUUCUCUUAUCUUUCGUGCUCACUUCAAUUUAGUCUAAGAAGCUGAACAUAGUUUAUACAAAUACCUUUAUAGCUAUAUUGUCGAGUAUAUAUGUAUGCGUUUGAUUCUCAUUGCCCUUGUCUACUAGCCUUUCCUUUCCUCAGCCUACCUUAUACCCAAAAAAUAUAUAUUUUUCCCAAGUGUACAUCACAAUGCAAGUUUGUGAAGGGCAUUUGUGCAUAUUAAACUGAUGCAGCACUGAUUUGUAUGAACUCUUAUGAGCUACAAUUUACAGUUAAACUAAAGAAAAGUUGAUUCCUUCCCAAAUUGUGAUAGUGUAUUCUUUGUAAAGUUGAUGGUGAAUGAGCAGAGAAUUUGCAUGAUUCUUGUGAUAUUCCCAAACAGUUGUUAUUAUGUGACAUAGUGAUUCAAUUUGUUUGUAAUCAGAUGGGUCUUUGAGGGUGUGCUAGGUGAUCGAUCGCACAAGGCUCCUCUUUCUCCCGUAUAUGAAAAA